AUGUUAUACAAAAAAGAAAAGUUACUAAAACGUAAGCAUAAUUCAUAUUCUAUCGAACAAAAGAAACAAGUUGUCGCCUAUGCUAAAGAAAAUAGGAGAAAUAAAGCCGCGGCAGCCUUUAAGCUUGAUCCUAGUAUGGUUGGCCGUUGGAUUAAAGCAA